AUUAUUUGACGUUUGUCAAAAUGAUAUAUGUGUGUUCAAUGCUGUUGCAGUGUUUCACAAAAUUAUAAAAUAUUUACAAUUAUUCAAUCACAAAAAAUAAAACAAAGAAAAUAAUGAGAUACAUUUAACGUUCUAAAUAGUAUUUAUGUGAAACAAAUUAGUGCCUCGAGCGUCGUGCCUUACACACAAUACGAAAAGUUAAUUUGUUUAUAUGUUAUGAAAGUCAAAUUAUAAUUUACAAUGUACACUUCGUUUCAAAGAUUGACUAUUUUAAUAUUGACACUGUAUACAGUCAAAGCUGAAAUUGGAGACGUUGACUUAAAUGAAUUGUCGGAACAGCAGAAUUCAGUGAAAAUAAACAAAUGUUGCGAACCUAACGAGCUUAUGGUCGACUCUAUAUGCAGAUUAGCUGAACAAUAUAAUCAAAGUGUAUGGGAACCAGAAUUUAAAACCGAAGAUGGCAAAAAUACUUCAGUAAAAUAUUAUCGUUAUAUUAAUGGUGUACCAAAUUGUGCAACAACGCAACAAAGGCCUAUAUUUGAUUUAGGAAAGUCUGAAGACAAGUUGAAUUUGUUAUCAGAUGGACAUCUGCAGCACUUAAUUCAUCAUGAACAUAGCUCAGAUCAUAUAAAGGAUGACCCACUAAUAACGAACACAUACAGCAUCCAUGAAUCCAUUGUGAUACCUCAAGAAAAGGAGCCCUCAUUCUAUAUUCAUAACCAAGACAAAUAUUGUUUAGAUAAAAUACUUAUAUCAAGUUCAAAUGCAACUGGACUAUAUGCAUUAGUAUGUGUCCCAGAAGUUAUAAUAAAUUGGAAAGAUACAAGUUUUCUCAUGAAGAAAAUAUUGAAUCCUCUGUUUCACGCUAUCUCUAUGAUAUUAUUUCUAAUAGUUGCCAUUAUAUACUUUGUGUUACCAACAUUACGUGAUUUAGCUGGCAACAUAAUAACAACUAUUAAUAUCUGUUUAAUAGUCAGUCAAGCAGCUGACUUAGUAAGGAUAUUUACCGAGUACAGUAAUCAUAUAAGCUUUAUGGUUACAGAUGUAAUAUUGUACAUGAGUCUCCUGGGUGCAUUCUUUUGGCUUAACAGUUUCGGUUUCUACAUCUGGAAGACAUUCAAAUCCCGAAAUGUCUUCUUAAGAGUAACGGAUGUUCGUAAAUAUUGCUACUACUCAAGUGUAGUUUGGUCAUGUGUUGGUCUAAUGGCUGCUAUGGCUAUAUGCGCACACUAUCUACUUGAUACUGGCAUAGAUCCAUAUAAGAAGAUGCGACUUUCAACAACAAUAUUUAUUGAGGAUGUUGAACAAGAAACAAUAGGAUGGCUGGGAAUAGCUGUAUUUUUCACCCCCAUCGCUUUUACCAUAUUAUUUAAUCUAUUCUUUUACAUAACAACUAUAAAAGUUAUCAAAAGAAUAAAUAUAUAUGGAAGGAUUCAUUACAAGCUCAAAGGAUGUUUCGACUUAUUUGUGCAACUAUUCAUAAUAAUGACAAUGGCAUGGAUUUUCCUACUGCUGUCUUGGCUGAACUUUGAUGGUUUGUUAUACGCACAUAUAGUCGUAAAUUUACUGCAAGCAAUAUUGAUAUUCUAUGUGUGUAUAGUGAGACAAUCGCAUGUCAUGUUUCUGCUACGAAAGAGUUGUUGUUAUGCAGAACCUAUACCCACUGGGGAGUGGGGAGAUGAGAUGACUCAUAUGAAUGGUGGUAAUUAUUGAUUAAAUGUUUAUAUAUAUAACACCAAUAAUCCAAAUGAGACAAAAAUCAAAAAUAUUAUUAAGUAAUUCUACCAAGUUAUAAAGUUCACUAUGAAAUCAGCACCAAAAACCAAGUUAAACUAUUAAAAAGAUAAUGUAUUGUAAAUAUUUUGUUAAAAAAGUCUCAGAGAUAACACAAAACAAAAAUCCGUAUAAUUCUCUCACACCUUGUGACUUAACAAAAUACAUACAUACACAUAUAGUAUAUUUAUUCACUUAUAUUUACUGAAAUUUUGAGCAGUGUGUCCAUAGCUAGUGCCUUAGAAUAAGACAAACAGUAUUUUGCAAAGCAAUAUUUUUUUGUAAAGUAUUAUCGGUGCUGGUGAUUAUUGAUUAUCACUAGGCUUUUGAUAUAUGUUUUAUACAUUAGGUCUGAAAUUAUCUCAUUAUGUCUGUUUUUUUUACUUUUAGUAAAAUGCGAAAUAAUCGAAUAUAAUGUAAUAUUUUGACUGAUUUACACAUUAAUUGAGAUUUUACAAUAAUGACACGAGUGCUUGUAAAGUAUACAUUUUACACACAUUCGCGAAUUCCCUAAAACCAGUACUUUGCAGUGUUUAAAGUAUCGAUUUUUAUGUAUGGAAGCCAUAUAAUGUACCAAAUUUUUGUUGUAUAAGUUUAUAAUUUUUAUAUCAAUGUUUUUCUUUCACAUUGCUUCUGAUAUUUAUAAAUAAAAAUAAUUCACUUAUGUCCUCAAACUAAUAUACACUGUUUGUAUACAAAUUUGUAAUUUUGAAAUAAUUUCAAGUAGCUCAUUUAAGAUACUUAAUUAGGUUUUAAUCGGACCAAAAGUUUUUUUUUAAGUAACAAUUGUUAAUUGUGUUAUAUUAUAUUAUAAGCAUACUUUAUUCUUUUGUAUUUCAAUAUUACUGACUUUUUUGUAUAUUGUUCUCUUUUAAAUUUCCUUUAUUGAAAUUACACAAAAAUGUUAAGACUG